GAGGCGAAACAAGGCUGAAUGUGUGCAGCACAUAAUACGGUCCUCCGGUUAUAAUGGAGGCGCCGGGAGCUGUGCUGAAAGAGAACGAGGAAGGCUCUGAGCGCCGGGCAGAGGAGGUGACGAGGGAAGAGAAGCUGCUGCUCCUGAAAGGUGGCAUUUUUCUUGGGACAGUUGCAACUGCAGGAAUGCUUUCUGGUUUCGGAACGACAUUGUCCCUUGCAAAGAAAAGGAGUCCUAACUGGUUUAAUAAGGGGGCUACUGCAACAGCUGCUCUGCCAGAAAGUGGUUCAUCAUUUGCACUGAGGGCUUUAGGAUGGGGCUCGCUGUACGCCUGGUGUGGAGUUGGGUUAAUCAGUUUUGCGGUAUGGAAAGCACUAGGAGUACACAGUCUAAAAGAAUUUAGAGAAAAAAUGCAGACCAUAUUUCCAGCUGUGCCUAAAAGUAACAAGCAAGCCUCUGAUCCUAAGGCUUUUAAUUGGGAAGAUCUUCUGAAGUCUAAGUAAUUGAGCAUCAAACAUCUGGAACAGGAUUAUUGUUUUAGGUUUAUCUGGAUGGCAGAUGAGCUUAUGCUAUUGGAGGCUACACAGCACAUUUGACAAUAGGUGAAUAGCAGCAGUGGAUAUAUCCUAAAGAGCCUUUACGGUUUUUAUAUAGGUGACCCAGCAGGUGUUCUUCUGGUGCCAGUAGUCGCAUCACUGAUUUUGUGUAAUAGGACCGCAAAAACACUGUGCUGCUGUAAUAUAAUUUUUUUUUUACUCAAUGGGGAGAUUUAUCAUAAGCUGUACGCCAGACACAUGGCCUAAAAAAAUAGCAAAUUUUGGCCAAGCUUCAUUUGCGCAAAAAUAUGUGACUCUUGUCCAUUUUUACUUUUCCCGUCUAUUCCUAAAAAUGGACCUUCGACGGCUCAGCAAAUUUACGAUCAUUUACACGAGAAACUGAGCUUAAGUAAAUUUAAAUUUCUGGUGCAAGGAGUGCCAGAGAUAUGUCUAAUUUAUAAAAAUGCAUGCCUCUUAAUUAGGAGCAUCUCACUUCAGCACACAGGGAAUCUAGAAUCAAGUAGGAGAUGCCAGUCUUGAUAAAUAUCCCCCAUUGUCUACAAAAAUAUUAUUUAUAAGACGUGAUAUCACUUACAUAGAUACAAGGAGAUUCCACCUUUUCAUUUUCCAAAGGAGCUGUGAAAAAUAAAAGGUGGAAUCUGGUUGCUAUGGGCAACUAAGCCAGUUCCAUUUUACACCAGUUUGAUAAAUCUCCCCCAAGGUACUGCCAUAAAUCAAAACUAUUACUGAAUGGCCGGAAUGUAACAAAUAUGAAAGGGUAGGGUGCAACAACCAUACCAAAUAAGUACUCCAACAUGGAGCACCAUUCCUUAAUAGACCAACCAUCUCACUGACAGGGAAUUCAGAUAAGAGAAAUGUGCUGGCCUUGGUAUAUUGUUACUGUGUGUUGUAGUUUACCUAUUUGGGUUUUAUGCAUCAAAAUAAAAUGUAUGUUUUGGUUAUUCAUUGAUAGAAAUAUCUUGUUAUAAUCUGCAAGUUAGAGAAUGUUGUUUUAGUUACACCCUUUGUAAAACCAGUCAUAGCGUCACGAUUUAAAGGGGUUGUUCCACCAUAGGAACUGAUCGAGAAGCAUCUGACCAGUUGAGGUCAGACUGAUGAGACCCACACUAUUUCGACACAAAUGGCAUCCCUGAGCCCCGUAAGUUAAUGAAGCAAGAGUCACGCAUACGUGUUCCCAAUCCACUCAACACUAUACUCCUCCUGAAGAGAAGCAGAGUCCAGCGCUUGACUAUCUCCAGCAGUCCCAUAGAGGUGAAUGGAGCAGCAUUGUGCAUGUGUGGACUGGAACUCGGUUCACUCCCAGGACUCUGGCUCCCCAUUCUCUUGAUCAUGGGAGUUCAUAGGUUGAGAUACUUCUCACUCAUGCGGUGGAUAGGUGAUAAAUAAGGUCUUAUGAUGGGACAACUCCUUUAAUAAUGUAUUGUCAUUUGCUGGGGGCACUAGGAUAGAGGUGGCAAUUCUGGAAGUUAACAGCAGUCUUACUUUAAUCCAGAUGUGCACUUGAGUAAAGCUCUGACAUCUUAUCAGACUCGUAUAAGCCUUCUUUUAUUUAAAUACAAUAUUUAGCGGAAAAAAAAGUUUGACAGGAGCUCCUGGCAAUGCCCUCUUGCAGCAAUGUAGAUAUCAUUUUAAAGAAACUAGAUCUUAUUGAGCUAGUCACUGAACUUAUUUAUGUACUAAUGAAAAAUACAUUAUUGUACAGUGGUAAAAAAUGUACUACAACAUUUAAUUAUUUUUCUAUAUUGUUUAAAUGAAUAAAAAAAUGCAUUUGUUUUCA